UAGUUGGCAGCAUUGAAUAUGGUGGCUCCUGUGCAUGAUAUGAUAGACAUAUUGUUCAAAUUUAGUAAGUUCAUUGAAUCCUUUUAAAUUUGCCAAUUCAUUCUUGUACUUUUUGUACUAAUAUUUUGAUUAAUUCUUACACGAGGUAUUUGAACGCAAUGAAUCUUGGAGUGGGUCUUCAAGGAGCCAUGCCAGCUCUAAAAACCUCUAGCAAGUUGAAAGAAGGAGUUUAUGGAAUGCCAGAUAAGAUGGUUUAUGGCUUAGGAAAAAUACAUGACAAGGUCACUGCUUCACACCCACUUGAGGAGUCUGAAAGGAAUUAUGCAGCAAUGCGAGAUGCUACGCAAAUGACAGUGCUGCGUAACACACAAGGGUUGCAUGCACCUCUACGCCUAACAAUGGAGCGUCGGGCCGCACAACAAGUGGGGCGGUUGCCUUUUCUACCCAGUAGUAACUUGCAAUUAGAGGUGCUGCGAGGUGAUGAUGUCACUCUGGACUUCUGUGACAUUCUCAACACCCCUGAUGUCAAAGAGAGCCUAUUCAUGCCACAUGCUGUUGUAGAGCGCAGCUUGGGCCUGCUUUAGGAGUCUAAUAUCAUAAUUAUAAAUGUAUGGAAUAAAUGUUUUCUUAACUAUCAUCAUUUAUUUUUUAAUUUUAAUCUGUUUGUUGGGACUUAAGAUUAUUUAUGCAAUAGAGAACAUUAUUGAAUAAUAAUUAAACUUGGUUCCUUUUCUA